AUGGCGGUAGAGGACUCCAUCGACGAUCGAGAUGCCUUGAAUGCCCUCGAGCUGGAGGCGAAGGAGUUCGACAAGGACGCCGAGAUUGAUCGAAUCCUGAAAGCCUUCCGCCUCGAUGCUUAUGCGAUCCUCGAUCUUCAGCCCGGAGUGCCCGAAUCCGACAUCAAAAUCACUUAUCGCAAAAAGUCGCUUCUGAUCCAUCCCGACAAGACAAAAAACCCACAGGCACCCGAGGCCUUUGACCGGCUCAAAAAGGCGCAGACGGAGCUCAUGGACGAGAAGAAACGCGCGAUCCUGGACGAAGCCAUUGCCGACGCGCGCAUGCUCCUCAUUCGCCAGUACAAGUGGACUGUCGAUAGUGAGGAGCUCAAAACGGACGACUUUGCCAAGAAGUGGCGCGAGAAGGCCAAGGAGGUUCUCAUCGAUAACGAACACCGCCGUCGUCGGCAGAUGAAGGCCCAAAUGCAGGAGGAGGGUCGCGAGCAGCGCAAGGCGGAUACCGAGGUAGAGGAACGCAAGCGCAAGAGGCAGCACGACCAGGACUGGGAGGCGACAAGAGAUCAACGCAUCUCCAGCUGGAGGUCGUUCCAGAAGGGCAAGACGGGUGAUUCGGAAAAGAAGAAGAAAAAGAAGCUGAAGCCAAUUGGCUGA